GUGGAACCCGACCGGGGGGGGGGCUGGGUAAGGAGAGGAAGCCAAGAGCCGGGGAAGCCCUGUUAAGCGGAGCCGGCCUUACCCGCCCCCCCCCGGACGGGAUCCGCUGCCAUCCUCCCUCCACGUUCUGUUUUAGCUCGGUACGGGGGUAGUCCUGGGAAGCUGAGAGGCCGCUUCAACCCGCCCGGCCACCAUUGGGAGCCCAACAUGGCAGGAGCCGGAGGUGGCGGGAAUGACAUUCAGUGGUGUUUUUCUCAGGUGAAAGGGGCUGUGGAUGACGAUGUAGCUGAAGCAGAUAUAAUAUCUACAGUAGAAUUUAAUCAUUCUGGAGAAUUGCUAGCAACGGGAGACAAAGGUGGUAGAGUUGUCAUCUUUCAACAAGAGCAGGAGAACAAAACACUAUCUCACACCAGAGGAGAAUACAAUGUUUACAGUACCUUUCAAAGCCAUGAACCAGAGUUCGACUACUUGAAGAGCUUAGAAAUCGAAGAAAAGAUCAACAAAAUUAGGUGGUUACCCCAGAAAAAUGCUGCUCAGUUUUUAUUGUCUACAAAUGACAAAACAAUUAAACUAUGGAAAAUCAGUGAAAGAGAUAAGAGACCAGAGGGCUAUAACUUGAAAGAAGAAGAUGGGCGGUAUAGGGACCCCACUACAGUCACAACAUUACGGGUGCCAGUAUUCCGGCCCAUGGAUCUCAUGGUGGAAGCCAGUCCACGAAGGAUAUUUGCCAAUGCUCACACGUAUCACAUCAACUCGAUCUCCAUCAAUAGCGAUUAUGAAACGUACCUGUCUGCGGAUGACUUGCGGAUUAAUUUGUGGCACUUAGAAAUUACGGACAGAAGUUUUAAUAUUGUAGAUAUUAAGCCUGCCAACAUGGAAGAACUGACAGAGGUGAUAACGGCAGCAGAGUUCCAUCCAAACAGCUGUAACACGUUCGUAUACAGCAGUAGUAAAGGAACAAUCCGUCUGUGUGACAUGAGGGCAUCAGCGCUCUGUGAUAGGCAUUCAAAAUUGUUUGAAGAGCCAGAAGAUCCUAGCAACCGAUCAUUUUUCUCCGAAAUCAUCUCCUCCAUAUCCGAUGUCAAAUUCAGCCAUAGUGGUCGAUAUAUGAUGACUAGAGAUUAUCUGUCUGUGAAAAUUUGGGAUUUAAAUAUGGAAAACAGACCUGUGGAAACAUACCAGGUACACGAAUACCUCAGAAGUAAACUUUGUUCACUCUAUGAAAAUGACUGCAUUUUUGACAAAUUUGAGUGCUGCUGGAAUGGAUCUGACAGUGUUGUCAUGACUGGGUCCUACAACAACUUCUUCAGAAUGUUUGAUAGGAACACAAAACGGGAUAUCACUUUAGAAGCAUCUCGGGAAAACAAUAAGCCCCGUACGGUUUUGAAACCCCGCAAAGUCUGUGCGAGCGGUAAGCGAAAGAAGGAUGAGAUUAGCGUCGACAGCCUAGACUUCAACAAGAAAAUCCUCCACACAGCCUGGCAUCCCAAGGAAAACAUCAUUGCCGUAGCCACUACAAACAACUUGUAUAUAUUUCAAGACAAAGUGAAUUAGGGCUAGUAUUUCUAGCAGAGGAGUCCACUUCCUGCAUAGUUCAGAUAGAAGAACCUAGCAUUUGUACCCGUAAACAAUAGAGGGGAGAAAGCAGAGAAGGAGAGCAAGAGAGAGAGAAGUCCAUUGUGGCACACUUUCCUCAGUGUUUAAAAAUGUGCCAUAUUGACAACACACUCUUCUAGAUAGCUGCAUGGAUGGCCUCUCGCUCUGUUGGAGAGUUCUCCAUGUCUGCUACCCAUUUAGGUGAGGGUAGGGCACUUUUUAAUGUAACGACUACUUGCACCAUCUUGCCUAAUGGACUAUAGGUUGGACUGUUAUCAACAUUUGGUUCCUCCAGUUUUUUAUGCCUUCCAUUGUGAUGACGUCAGCCACAGGGAAAAAAGCCUUCAAGUCAUGCUGUGGAAUUUAAUUGUGUAACCUCAUUACUGUAUUAUUUGUGGCCCUUUUUUAUUAUUAAAUAACAGCUCAUUCUUGCUGUGGCUUGUAGCAUUCCUCCCAUGCCUCCUGGACUCCUUUUCCCUUUUAAACCCCUUCCCCCCCCCCCCCCGAGCCCUGUGGUGGUGGUGUAUAGAGAGAGAGAGAAAAUUGAAAAGCACAUGAAAUGGGUCAGUGGUCAAGGGGGUCUAUGUCGCAAAGAACAAAAUGUUUUAAUAAACCGUUGACUGUAAUCACUCCUUGCCAUGUCUGGCAUUAAAAAUGAAAAGAGAAAAAAAAAAAAACCUAAGGGGAAAAAUCUACUGAAUAAAAGUGUCAAAGAA